AUACAAAUAGGUAUUUCAAAAGAGAUACAAUAUUCGACAUGUCUCAUCCAGAGAGGUGUUUAUUUGUUAAUUGAACCUUUAUUUAACUAGUCAAGUCAGUUAAGAACAAAUUCUUAUGUACAAUGACAGCCUAACCGGGACGACGCUGGGCUAAUUGUGCGCCGCCCUAUGGGACUCCCAAUCACGGCCGGUUGUGAUACAGCCUGGAAUCGAACCAGGGUAUGUAGUGACGCCUCUACCACUGAGGUGCAGUUCCUUAGACCGCUGCGCCACUCGGGAGCCUGUCUCGUAUUUUCCUUUGGUUUAUUUGCAACGGUACCUUUGUGAUUGCAAUGCUGGAUAGAGGCACUAGACAGCAGCAGAGAGGACGUUGGUGGUGAAAGAAGCGCAAAAUCCAACGGAAAUGGUUGUAAGAAUAAACUCACGUCACUUACUACAAUUAUUUUUAAGCCCACUCACGUCAUUCAAGCUAUUCGCCAUUGAUCAGCACCGAGGAAAGCGGCUAGAUUUUGCUACCAAAAGCGUAAUUCUUAAAGUAAAUUUUCCAUUUAUUUGUUGAUCUUUAAUACGACAAGUGCCACCAUGGCUGAUAAGAUGGAUAUGUCUUUGGAUGACAUUAUUCAACAAAGUAAGAAAGGCGGAGGUGGCCGCGGAAAUCGAGGAGGCCGCAGCCGCGGAUCAUCGGGUCGAGGUGGGAGUGGAGGCCGACCCGGUGGAGCUGCCUCUGGAGGCCGGACCGGCGGAUCCGGGCCCAUGAGGAGUCGACAGAACUUCAGUGGAGACAGAAGCGACAGCAGGCCCACGCCAUACAGCAGGCCCAGAGAGCUGCCGGACAAAUGGCAACACGACAUGUUCGAAGGUGGCUUCGGCAGUAAUGCUGGCGGUGGUGGGGGAGCAGGAGGUGGCGGUGUGGAGACUGGUGGCAAGCUCCUUGUCUCAAACCUUGACUUCGGUGUCUCUGACGCUGAUAUCCAGGAGUUGUUUGCGGAAUUCGGUACGUUGAAGAAAGCGGCUGUGCACUAUGACCGGUCUGGCCGCAGCCAGGGAACCGCUGACGUCCACUUUGAGAGGAGGGCUGAUGCACUCAAAGCCAUGAAACAGUACAACAAUGUACCACUCGAUGGCCGCGCCAUGAGCAUUCAGCACGUCACGUCACAAAUUCGAGACGAUAACCAGAGACGACCAUCACAGAGUUCAAACGGAGGCAGUGGUGGAUUCAACAGAGACAGAAUUGGACGCCCCAAUUUCUCAGACAGACGGGGAGGUGGAGACAGGCGGGCCGGCAGAGGCUCCAGGGGGAGGGGUAGAGGUGGACGUGGUGGAGGCAAACCGCAGCAGUUGUCUGCUGAAGAGCUGGAUGCCCAGUUGGAUGCGUACAAUGCUAAGAUGGAGACCAGUUAGAAUUCCCAGAAGCACUCAUUUGAAUCCCUCAUCUUCAUCCUGUCGGAUCUGAAGCUUGAUAUUGUGGACUUGGACCUGAAAUGGACCAGAUCUUUUACACUUACUGUUAUUUUGCAUCAUUUUAAUGUGUGGCUGGAUCUUGCUUUACUCCCUUUUUAAUAUUAUGAACACUUUUUGUACCGUUUUGGGACAAUUGUAGGUUUGAGGGGGAGGUUGUUUUUUUUGCCCUUUGCCUCCCCUUCUCCUUGUGCAUAGUUGUAAUAAACCUACAAAACAAAAUGUU